AUGUCUACCAGACUCAGUCCCAUCUCUUAUUCAGAACUCCAUAGCCUACUUGUGAGUCAUGAGAUUCGUCUUCAAGAGCAGGCAACUUACUCCACCAUUCUUCCUUCUGCUAAUAUGGUGUACAAAGGCCAAAAUUCCAAUAACACUCGGGCUUCAGCAUCUCCAUAUUUCCACAAUCAUCGAAGUCAAUCAAAUUUCAACAACAGAUCACAUCAAAACAACCACAAGUCCUUUCAUACUAGGUCUAAUUCUCAGCAUCGUGGUUUGCUCCCAACCCCACAAAAUCCUUCAAAUACAGCAAGAUGUCAGAUUUGUAAUCGAACAAAUCAUUUGGCUGCUACAUGUCGAUAUCGCUAUGAUAGGCCCAAUGAUGCUUCUACUCACAUUGCAUCCUUUCCAGCAUAUUCAAAUAGUGAUUUUAACACAUGGGUUCCUGACACUGGUGCAACUAAUCAUGUCACUCCGGAUCUUGCCAAUCUCUUCAUCACUAAUAACUACAAUGGUCUAGAUCAAUUGACAGUUGGUAAUGGACCAGCACAUGGGGAAACCUCUACUUCACGGGCUGAAUGA